UGUCCCAGGCGACGGGCGAACCCGCACGACGACUCGGCCCCGAGAGGCUGGAGCGGCGGUGGGGACAGAACACACACACAGACACACAGACACACACACAGAACACACACACAGACACACAGAACACACACAUAGACACACAGACACACAGACAUAGACACACAGAACACACACAGACACACAGAACACACACAUAGACACACAGACACACAGACAUAGACACACAGAACACACACACAGACACACAGAACACACACAUAGACACACAGACACACAGACAUAGACACACAGAACACACACACAGACAUAGACACAGACAGACACACAGACAUAGACACACACACAGACACAGAACACACACACAGAACACACACACAGACAGACAGACACACACAGACACACAGACACAGACACACAGACAUAGACACACAGAACACACACACAGACACACAGACACACACACAGAACACACACACAGACACACAGAACACACACACAGACACACAGAACACACACACAGACACACAGACACACACACAGAACACACACACAGACACACAGAACACACACAUAGACACACAGACACACAGACAUAGACACACAGAACACACACACAGACACACAGAACACACACAUAGACACACAGACACACAGACAUAGACACACAGAACACACACACAGACAUAGACACAGACAGACACACAGACAUAGACACACACACAGACACACAGAACACACACACAGAACACACACACAGACAGACAGACACACACAGACACACAGACACAGACACACAGACAUAGACACACAGAACACACACACAGACACACAGAACACACACACACACACAGACACACACACAGAACACACACACAGACACACAGAACACACACACAGACACACAGAACACACACACACAGACACACACACAGAACACACACACAGACACACAGAACACACACAUAGACACACAGAAUACACACACAGACAUAGACACAGACAGACACACAGACAUAGACACACACACAGACACACAGAACACACACACAGAACACACACACAGACAUAUACACACAGACACAGACACACAGACACACAGACACACAGAACACACACACAGACAUAGACACAGACAGACACACAGACAGACACAGACAGACACAGACACAGACAGACACAGACAUAGACACAGACAGACAUACAGACACAGACACAGACAGACAUAGACACAGACAGAUACAGACACAGACGCACAGACAGCUACGAGGUUCUCACCGUGCGGGUCGCGACCUGCCUCACCCAACCGGACACAACCGAGAGAGAGAGAGACGCUAACAUCGAUCAACAUCAGCAGCAGACAACGACGACAGAACCACGCCGCGGUGAGGACGCAUGGUGAUGGGUGAGCGGGAGCCGCCCCGUCUGGCAGCGCCGGACGAGCCCCUGGAGGGAGAGGAGGAGGAGGAGGACGGCGUCGCCGCCGGGCGCUCCGAGCGGGAGCUGCAGGAUACGUGCACGUACAUCGUGCAGGACCAGCCCUGGCCGGGGCCUCUCCCCGGAGCGGCGCCGCGCGCCGAGGCCACGCUGCCACGCAACCUCUGUUUCCACCUCUCGCACACGAGACAGAUCAUCGGCGUGCUGAGCAGUGAAUACAUCCCUGAGGGAACGCGCUUCGGUCCUCUCGUGGGGGACAUCUACACCGAGGAUGCAGUCCCGAAGGAGGCAAACCGGCAGUAUUUCUGGAGGAUCUACCGGCACGGGGAGCUGCAGCACUUUGUGGACGGCUGGGACGUGAGCCGCAGCAACUGGAUGCGCUUCGUGAACCCGGCGCGGUCGCGGCGCGAGCAGAACCUGGUGGCGUGCCAGCACGGCGACGACGUCUUCUUUUACACGCUGCGCGGGGUCUCCCCCGGGCGCGAGCUGCUCGUGUGGUACUCGCCCGAGUACACGCGGCGCAUGGGCCAGGCACACCACCGGCUGCAAGACUCGCGCGACCAGCCCCACCCCACCACGGACAUGGAGCCGCUGCGGCCGAGCUCGAGCCGCGGUGACACGCGCAGCAGCCCCGGCGCGCAGAAGGACGGCGGCAGGGCCGUCGGCUUCGGCAAGCGGCCGGGCGGCGACGUCGUGUGCCCUCACCCGCGCUACCCAACGGGAUCGUCCUAUAAUGGCGGCGGCGCGGGAACCCAGAGCCACGUGCCGUUCAGCGUCGACGACCUCAUGAGGCCCGACCAGGCGAAGCUGUCCGGAAAAUUCACGGCGAGGCUCCCGUCUCCUCAGUACCCCUCCGCCGCUCACCACCACCACCACCACCGCCACACGCCACACGCCGUCUCCUCCACCUCGGCUCCGGCCAAAGCGACGGGGUACCUGCCGCACGUCGCCCGAGCGUACCCGGGCCAGGAGGGCCUCUGCGGCAUCUUGGCUCAGCCCCGCAUGCCGUUCAUGCCCCAGCCGUUUCUGCGGCACCCCGUCGAGCCGUUCCCCCUCCCGCCGUCGUACCCGCCGGGGGUCGGCGCCCCCCACGACUUCGGCGGCAAGUUCUUCCUGCUGCAGGGCGGCAUCGGCGCCCUCAACGGCAUGCACAUGCCCGUGCCGGACGUGUACCACCGCGCGUACGGCCAGCCGCUCAAGAGCGGAGCGCCGCACCACCUGGUCCUGCCGCAGUCGAUGUUCCCCCACCCCAGGCCGGCGGACAAGGGCCCCGGCCGCGAACCGGCGCCCGCGCCGUCCCACAAGCCGGGCCGGCUCGUCCCCGCGCCCACCAGCGCCUUCUCGCAGCCGGUGCACGCCCACAAGGAGAACGCGGCCGCGGGCUUCUCCCACGCCUCGUCGGCCGCUCGCCCGCCGCCGGGCGCGUACGCCCCCGCCGGCUACGCGAUCCCCUACCGUGGGUCGCCGGCCCGCACCCCGGCCAUCUACUCGCCCUCCGCGCCCUUCCAGCUGACGUCCGCGGCGGCGGCGGCGGGGGGCGGCGGCGGCGUCCACCGCCUGCAGUCGCGCUCGCCCUACGGCGGCAACCCGGCGGGCGCGCGCCGCCGCUCGCCCGGCGGCGUCGUCCGCGCCGCGUCAUCCGCGUCGCCCGACUCGUCGUCGUCGUCCGCGUCGUCGUCGUCGUCGCUGUUGCCGCUGUCGUCCUCGUCGUCGUCGGUCGCGGGCGACGCCCUCGACGGCGCCUCGCGAUCGUUCGGCGGUUCGCGAGCGACGCACCACCACCUGGGCUACCGCUCGCUGCCGUACCCGCUCCGCAAGCACAACGGCAAGAUCAUCUACGAGUGUAACGUCUGCCGCAAGACCUUCGGCCAGCUCUCCAACCUCAAGGUCCACUUGCGGGUCCACAGCGGCGAACGGCCGUUCAAGUGCCAGACGUGCGGGAAGGGCUUCACGCAGCUGGCGCACCUGCAGAAACACCACCUGGUGCACACCGGAGAGAAGCCCUACCAGUGUCAGGUUUGCCACAAGCGCUUCAGCAGCACGAGCAACCUGAAGACCCACCUGCGGCUGCACUCGGGCGAGAAGCCCUUCCAGUGCAAGCUGUGCCCGGCCAAGUUCACGCAAUUCAUCCACCUGAAGCAACACCGCCACCUGCACGCUCGCGAGCGGCCCCACCGCUGCCCCGGCUGUCAGCAGAGCUACAUCCACCAGAUCAGCCUGACCAUGCACCUCAGAGGCUUCUGCCCGUCCCAGCACAAGCGUGCGACGUCAGCCGAAGCCCGGGGGGGCCCCCUGCCCGCCGACCGUUCCACCGCGGCGGCCGAAUUCGCGACGCUCGCUCCCUCUCAAGACGUCCUCGCGAGCUUCCGGCCCAGCACUGCCGCCGCGCAUCCGCCGUCCGGGGCGGCGGGUCCCGGCCAGCUAGCUGGUCCCGGCGGCGGCGACCCCCGGCCGGGCUUCCCGAAGGACCCGCGCCCUGACGUGUCGCCGGAGUACUUGGCGUUGGUGAACCAGAAGAUCGAAGCGUUCGACCUCAGCGAGGAGGCCGCGAGAGCCGGGGAAGACUCCAAGGUCGAAGCCCAAGUGGAGGCGAGGAUCCUGAGCAGGUUCUGCAAGGCGCUGUCGUUGGAGGGCCGAGCCUUCUCAAGCGCCGACGGGCAGCCAGCGAGGAAAUUGACCCAGCGGAACGGAGCAGCAGCAGCAGCGCAAUGGACACUCGCCGCCGGACGUCAAAGACGAACGCCGUGCAAUGUCGGUCACGUCCCCGUCGCCGCCGCCGGUCGCCGGCAACAACGGCGCCAUCGGCACCACCGCGGACCAAACUCGACGCUCGCCGAUCGUCAGCAGCGCGGCGGCGGAUUGUCACUCCGCCGCGAGAGGAACGGACGAUGCGACGGUAUUGGCACGUCGGUCUCCCAUGGUGCAUUCCGGCUGGAGACUGAAGCUGCUGCCGGAUUCGCCGUCUUCUCUCAAGAUCAAGGAGGAGCAUAAACCGGCCGAUGCCUGAUUUGCGUCCUGAACGGGAGCGAGAGCGCUCAGCGAGUUGGUUCGUGGUUGUUGUUGUUGGUGGGUGGGGGGGGGUUUCUC